AGAUAUUUUUAUAUUUACACGUGAUAAAAGUUACACAGUACAUGUGAGGUUAGAUUUUGAUAUUUUCAUCUAAUUUAAUUUCUUAUAAUAAGUGAUAGAUAUUAAAAUUAAAUCAGAAAGACAUUACUAAAAAAAUAUAAUUGAAUUAACUAAAAAACAAGGAUAACGGUGAAAUAGUCGUCAUUAAAAACAUUAUAUAAAUAUGGCUCUUACAAAUAUAUCUGGUAUUCCUGAUAAACAUUGGCAACCGCCAUUUGUAGCAUUUGAAACAACCAUGGGUGAAAUAGUAAUUGAACUCUACUGGAAGCAUGUGCCAAUUACAUGUAGAAAUUUUGCUGAACUUACACGACGUGGAUAUUACAAUGGAACGAAGUUUCAUAGAGUUAUUCGAGAUUUUAUGAUACAAGGCGGUGAUCCUACUGGAACUGGGAAAGGUGGUGUAUCUAUUUAUGGAGAAUGUUUUGAUGAUGAAAUUCAUGAUGACUUAAAACAUACUGGUGCUGGUGUUAUUUCUAUGGCCAAUUCAGGACCAAAUAGUAAUGGAUCACAAUUUUUCAUUACAUUAGCACCUACGCAAUGGCUUGAUGGAAAACAUACAAUUUUUGAUAAUGGACCAAUAAAAUUCCAUUCGAGUGAAUUGGCAACCCGAUAAGACCAUUGUUCGCAGAGAUGACUCUUUUUCUUCUUCAAAAGAAAUAAAGGAUAUUAUAAUAAAAAAUAAUUUAAAUAUAGCAGCUUGCUAAACUAAGAUAUCUUACUUUUAGAUAAGGAACAAAAGACAUCUCAAACGAUCACUUUUUAAUCGUUAUGAUUUCAGGUAAACUGAUACUUCAUCCUUUUAUGCCAUUAUUAUAAUUUAAGAAAAUUAUAAUUAUUUCCGCCGUAUAUUUUAUAAAUUAGUAUAUAGAAUACUAUCUAUAUAGAAUAUCUAACAUAGAAUUAUUCUAUAUGUUAUAUAUGUUAUAAAAUAUGUGAAAUAUUUUUGACAUAAAAAAUUUUGAUUUUCCCGAUUGUUAAUAAUUCUUGUGGGAGUUGAUUUGAACAAAUAAAUCAUAUUAGGCAAUGUUUUAAUAAUGAAACGUGAUUAAACGUUAAACGUUAGAUAAACUUUUAUCUAAUUUAUUUCAUUUAAUAAUUGUUCAUUUUGCAUUUGUGCUGUAAUUCAAUCAAUUUCUGUAAUAUCAAUACGAAUUAUUUAAUGUUAUCCACAAGAAGCUAAAUACAUCAUGUAUGUUCUUAUUAUAUUUUUAAUUAUAAUCUGUUUGAUCUCAAAAGUAAAUUUUCAGAUAAGUUUUUUCAAACAUCUUUGAAUUUAAAGCAAUAAAUCUUUUUUAAUACAUAGUUUUUAAUGUAUUAUAAUCAGUUACAGUUUUAAACAUUAAUCUUAAAUACAUUUUAAAAUAAUAAAAAAUAAACUUUGAUGUUUAUAUUAAAACAUAGCAUAUACAUAUUCUACUAUUACUAUAUUACUACUAUUCUACUAUUACUAUAAAGCAAAUUAUCAUCUAAACAUAACAGAAAUAUAAAUCGAUAUUUUAAAUUUUAGGAUAAGUAAAUUUUUUUUUCAUAUAAGAUUUAAUUUUUUUUCUUUGAAAUCAUAUAAUUCUUAUUAUAUUAACAAAUAUAGUAUUACAUUGAGUCAUAAAUAAUUUCCGAUUCAGUUAAAUAGAAUCCAUGUUCAUAUCUACUCACUAUAAGUCACCGGGACAAACGAGUUUUUGUUUUUACUAAAUAAAUAAGGGUUCAGUUAGUCUUCUAACAACUAUUUUGUGUGAUGCAUGUUUCAUUAAAUUGUUGUUCAUAACCCCUAAAAGAAAAAGUGAAUCAUGUGAAUUUAUGUUGUUCAUAAAAAAUACCUAAAAAAGUAAAAAAAUACAUGUAUUUUGAGAAUUUAAACAAAGAAAUAAUGUUAAAGCGACAGUUAAAAAAAUAUGCACUGUAUAUAGUGAAAGUCUAAUAAGUAACCUGAAAGUUAGAAAUUGGUUUGUCAAAUUUCAUUCUGGAGAUGAUUUAAGAAUGAACCGAGAGCAGAACGUCCUUCCGAUCUUGACGAAAACCUUUUAAAGACAAUAUUGGAGCAAAAUUCACGUCAAUCAACAAAAGAGGUUAAAGCAGGAAGAUUGAAUACAUCACAAUCAACUGUUUGCCGUCACUUGAAAAAAUUAGGAAAAGUUAGCAAGUUAGAAGUAUGAAUACUUCAUAAUCUUAGUGAAUGGAAUAAAAAAGAUCGCAUGUCAAUUAUUAUAUCAAUUACUAUAAGUCUGCUAUCACAAGUAAAAAUCGAGUUUUUUUAAACAGGAUUAUAACAGGUGAUAAAAAAUAAAUCAACCAUUCCUACCAGAUCUGAAAACAAACAUCUAUGGAAAAAAGAUUUAUUGUGUAUGUGAUAGGAUUGUCGAGAUAUAAUUACGAGUUUUUGAAGUCAAAUUGAAUAUUACUGCGGAUAUAUAUAUUUAACAGCUGCAAAGAGUGAAAGAAAAAUUCUAUGAAAAGCGUCAUGCACUCAUCAAUUGCAAAAACAUCAUUCUUUUACAUACCAAUGAGUGACCAUAUGUAGCAAGAGCAACUUAAGAUAAUUCUUGAACUUGGAUGAUCAGUUUUAUUACAUCCAUCUUAUUUUCUGGAUUUUGUCCCAAUAAACUAUAACUUUUUCUGUUUCUUGUAAAACUUUUUGAAUGAAAAAACUUUCAAUUCUGAAGAGCAAGUCAGUCAAGCUGUCAAAAAUUUCUUUUAAUUCAAACUAAUCACAUUUUACAAGAAUUGAUAAGUUGUCAAGAAAUUGGGAAAAGAUCAUACAUAAUAGUGAAUAUGUAAUAAAUUAAUAUAACUUUAUUAUUUAAGCAAAUUAUCAUUAAUGUUAUAAAAGCAAAAUAAGUAUCUAAUAAAAAAAAAUUAUUUAUGAUUCGACUUAAUAUAUUGUUUUCUAUAAUAAUAAAUAUGUAUUGAUCUAUUUUUAGAUAAAAAAAUGUUAAUUUAGAAAAUAUUUUAAUUUAAAUUAUAUGAAAAAUCAUAUAAAAUGAUUACGUAUACUAUGAUUACAUACAUAUUACGUAUAAUAUGAUAUUCGGUUUUUUAUAUUUUUUUAAUAUAUAUAAAUUGUGUACAAAAUUUUUUUUACUAAGUUAUAGUAUAGUGAAACAUUAAAUUUUAUGAAAUAUACGUAAUAGGUGACUAUUUUUGUUUUAAAUAUUUCUAUAAAAUUAGCAAUUAUAGCAAUAUAUAGGAAUAUAAAGCAAUAUUAUUCUAUAAUAUUAUUAUUAUAUCAAUUAUAUAUCAUUAUAUUUAUUGGUUUUAUCAUUUGUUAUUUAUAUAACAUAUGAUAUUUUAUAUGUAAAAAUAAAAAAGAAAAUGUAAAUGUUUAAAUAUUCAUUUUAUUAAUAAAAACUGUUAUAAUAUAUA